AUGCCUGACGUCAUCAGUACACCAACCCCUCAAAUCCAGACAACCACCCAACUGAGCAGCACGACCACAACGCCACUAAUGUCGGGGGAAAUGUCCUCCACUCUUCUCACCGGCAGCACUACAACUACAAACAACGCCAAUACAACCAGCAAAAGUACCGUCAUGAAGACCAUUUCUGAUUCCCCAGCCAAAACCUCACCGUCCACUAAUGCCAGUGUCCCUAUGGAAAUUCAAAGAGGCACAACUCCUAAAACCACGUAUUCAGCUGGCAGAAACACCCUUGUCAGCUCCAGCACUGAACUCAAUUUUAAAGGCACGUCACCAGUUGCGUUAACCAAUAACACAUCUCGCAGUGUUACCACACGAAGCAGUCUAACUCCAAAUCCUUUUACAUCUUCAACUGGAAAUAAAACCGACUCAAACUUGGAUGAUCGUCAACCGAUUCCUCCAAACACAACUAGAGCUACUCUCAGCCAAAGCACGAUUGCACAAAUAGUUUCAUCAUCGCAAGGACAAACAACCACGUCCCCUUCUCAUUUGACUAGUGGUGCCACCAGUCAAAACAGCACAGUUCUACAAGUAUUUUCAACACCUUCCAAAACAACGACUUCCACACAGACCUUUUCAACAACGAGAAAUGUGUCAACGACAAAACAUAACACAACAGCCAGCAAGGCAACAACCAAAUUCACCACAGAGCAAGCUUCUACCAUCCAAAAUAGCACAAUUCUACGAAUGACCCGAACGACACAAGAAACGACUAAGACUCGUUCUUUUGUAACAAGUAGAGUGGGAACAUCAAAGCAAAAUACUACAACGGACGCAUUACCGUCAGAAGGAAAAGUAAUCCCUGUCACUGAGCAUCUUAUUGGGAUUCAGGACGUCACCGUUGGAGAGACAGUGACCAUACGGUGUGACGCCGCGAGCACUUCCAAAAACGUCACGUACAAGUGGUCAGUUGACGGCAAUCAGGAUCCUGACUACCUGGGGCAAAUUCUACGCUACACUCCCCAGACGAAUGGCUCUCAUCGGAUCCAGUGUACAGCACAUACAGAUGAUGGGGAGGGCGUCUCAGACAUCAUUACACUGUUUGUUAAACCGGCAGCUGCAGUGGAGAUUCAAACCACAGUCAGCCCGAAUGAGACAACAACAACAACCAACGCAACCACAAACCUGCGAACUAGUACCGUCACCAUCCCUCAGAGUUCUACCACGUUAACGACACCAAAGAGCACUACAAAUCAGACAACACCAUUUCAGUCAACCAAAGUGUCCACAACAAGCCAAGCACAUUCAACCACCAGACAGUUUUCUACGUCACGAACUACAGAGAACACUACUGCCAAAGUUCAAACAACGACUGUCGGUAUAAACGUGACCAUCCCCAUGCCGGACAUAUUGAUAGAGAGUGCAGGUGAAGACUCGGCAGCGCCUGGGAACGGCUCUACGCCAGUUAUUCGUGUAACCGAGCAUAUAAUCGGGAUCCAGGACAUCAGUGUGGGGGAGACGGUUUCGGUGAGGUGUGACACUGAAGGUCUGCCCGCAGUGUGUGUGACGUACAGAUGGACUGUGGAUGGGGUGGUCAUUGAUGAUCAGAACGGACAAAUUCUAAGGUAUACUCCAAGGACGGACGGACCCCACAAGAUCCAGUGCACGGCAAUCAUCAACGGUGUAGACGGUACUUCGGACGUCAUCACUGUAUUUGCGUUGCCAAAAGGUAAAAAGUUAGACAUGAUCACGAGAUGUGAAAAAGACCCUCAUUCAGGAGUGAGCUGGGAUAACAUAGUGAAGGACUGUGAUCUCCAUAUUCAUGAACUGGCAGAGAUACCCGUAACUUCCACGAAUGCUCUGGACGUAGCGGGAAAGCUUCACAACAUAACAUCAAACGACAACGUGACAGUCAACGACUUGGGAGAUGUCAGGAGGGUUUUUGAAGAUGUUGUGAACGCUAGCUCACAACCAGAGAUCGGUUACUCACUUUUGGAAACCGUGGACCAGAUCAUGGAAUCUGACGAUGAUGUGCUUCUGAACAGCCAGAAACUUGACGGUUCUCCAUCUAAAAUUGUGAAGACAAUGGAAGAGAGCAAUGAUCGGAUUGACCUCACAAACGGCAGGUUCAGUCAUGUUGGGAAAAACCUUGGAGUAGAAGUAUUUGAGCUGAAAUCAACCGAGUUAGCAGACGGGAUCGUCUUUGCACUCCUCGAUGACGGCAGUAAUACCUUAAACAACGCAACAGUUCGGACGUACAUCGGCGAGGAAGCUGAACUGAUGCCUACUGAUGAUGUGGUCGCCUCGAUCGCCUUACCUGAUCAGCUCGAAGCAACCAGUGACGAUGUCCGUUUGAGUUUCACCAUCUUCCAGAACAGCAAGUUGUUCCAGUCCGAUCAGACCGUGGAUGCCGACCGUGGCUUUCACCCACAGACCGUUAACAGUAAAGUCAUCGCAGGCAGAAUAAGUGGACUUCAAACCAAAAAUCUGUCGAAGCCAGUCAUCUUAAAAUACCUCCCUGUCGACAAGCGCAACAUGACUAACAUAACCUGUGUCUUCUGGGACUUCGCUGCUAACCAUGGAAGCGGUGCCUGGUCAACAGACGGCUGUUCAUUUGGAGGAAUCAGCCAAGACAGAGUCGUGUGUGAAUGUGAUCAUCUCACAAACUUCGCGUUCUUAGCGCAACACACUGUUCACAAGAACACCUUUGCCGGCCUGAUGGUCGUGUGUAAGAUACUGUGCGGUCUGAUGGUCAUUGGGAUAGCCAUCACUUUGAUCACACAUGUGGCAUUUGAACAGUUACGUCAGCACCGAUCCCAAAUCAUCCUCAUCAACAUGUGCAUCGCUCUCCUGGCAACUCUGGUCGGCUUCCUCCUGGGGAUCGGCUGGACUGACAACGACGCAAGCUGCAGGGCGGUGGCGUUCUUCCUGCACUACUUCCUGCUGGCCUUCUUCGCCUGGACUGCUAUCGAGGCUUACAACAUGCAUCUGGCUUUCGAGAAGGACGUUGCCGAGACUAUGAAAAAGUUCAUCAUCAAAACCGCAGUGGCCGGAUGGGGUUUUCCAUUCGCCAUUGUUCUCAUCACUCUAGUAUCUGAUGUGCAAAGCUAUAGGAGUGAUAACUUCUGCUGGUUGGAGGGGAACCAGUUACUGAUCGGGUUCCUGCUGCCCGCUGCCGUGAUCUUGUGUUUUAACAUGGUCUCCUACUUCAUGAUAGUCAGGAAACUGCGUCACCCUGACGCACCGAAAGAUGGAAAACUGAAUGACAACGUCACCAAAAAGAUGAUCAGCAUCGUCAUCAUCAUCAUGAUUCUGGUGGGACUUCAGUGGAUCGUUGGCUUCAUCCUUAUCAGAGACGCUGAGCUGGGCGUUGCCUGCGUCUUCUUCGUCAUGAAUUCUCUACAGGGACUUUUCAUCUUCCUGUUCCGGUGUGCGCUGCAGGAGGAAGUUAGAUCUCAUUGGCGCACGUGCUGUAGUCGCGAUGUCAGCACGUCUGCUGAUGACUCAGCAACAUCGACUCUACUGAAGACACCCUCCAGUCCGCCGGAUUCGCCCGACGCCGAAAAGAAGCACCCUACAGACAUAGAAGACGAGGAGGCAGUACCACUAGUCAUCACUACUGAAUAACGGUAUCUGAGAAAUCUUUGCGGUGUGGAUCAUUAAACAAAUCUUUGAUAAAAAUUAGAUGGAGACUCAGCAGAAUGAGUUUUAAUUCGUGACAGCUGAACGUUGGAAAUGUUUAACAUUAUAGUGGGUCGUUUGUCACCGAUAUUGUGGAUAAAAAUGAUAGUAAAAUUCUUUUGUACUACAUAUAUGGUAAAUAGUUUUUUGCUUCAAAUGCUGUAACAGAUACCGUAAAUAUUCACCAGAUAUAGUAAUUGGUAUGUGUAGAAAACUGGAAUGGACACCUAUGUUUAACAGUGAUUCAAAAAAUACCAAAGGCAAAAUAUAUUCGGUCAUAGUAGUAAGUCACUCU